UCUGUGUGUCUGUGCUUGAGAGUGUGGGUAUGUGGCGUUUGUGCGCCUGUACGUGUGGGGUUAUUAGUGUGUGUCAAUGUGGAUAUGUGUGUGUGUGUGUGUGUGUCUGUAGUUAUUUAUGUGUGGUUAUAUAUGUGCGCCUUUGUGUGGAGAUGCGGUGUGUAUGUGUGUGCAAACGCCUGUGAAUAUGUAGGUUUGUGUCUGUGUGUGUGGGUAUGAUUGUGUGUGUCAACGUGGGUAUGUAAUAUGCGUGUGUGUAUGUGUAUGUGAAAGGAAGAUGGUCACCCAGGUCCUGAUAAAAUUGAACAGAUCUGAGCCGGGUCGCAGUGUGACGCCACGGUGAGACCGACCGACCAUGAAACUUCUGUGGAACUGCCUCUUGCUGCAGCUGCUCUCAGUGGAAGGGUUUGGAUUCCGGGCCAGGACGGUCAGCGGCAACCCAAGGCUGAAGCUAUCGUACAACGAUCUGGUUUCCCGAGGCCUUGUCACUUACCAGUUGAAUUAUUCGUGCUGUUACAACACUCUUCUGCUGGACGAGGAGCGAGGCCAGCUGUUUGUGGGCGCAAAGAAUUACCUCAUUGCCCUCAACCUGAACAACAUCAGCAAGCACGAGAAGAAGAUUUACUGGCCGGCCCCUGUGGAGUGGAGAGAGGAAUGCAACUGGGCAGGAAAAGAUUUACACGCAGACUGUGCCAACUUCAUCAAAGUCCUGCAUCAGUUCAACAGGACCCACCUGUAUACCUGUGGCACUGGAGCUUUCCAUCCUGUCUGUGCAUACGUGGAGGUCGGGAGCAAGUUUGAUGAGCACCAGUUCAGGAUUGACUUCAGUCAAAUCGAAGAUGGAAAAGGAAGGAGUCCUUACGAUGCCAAGCACCUCUCCACCUCCAUUUUGAUAGGUGAGGAGCUCUACUCCGGUGUCGCCACUGAUCUGAUGGGCCGUGACUUCACCAUCUUUCGUAGCCUCGGUCGCCGGCAUUCCAUUCGGACCGAGCAGCACGACUCACGGUGGCUGAAUGACCCCAAGUUUGUUGGAUCUUUCUGGAUCCCCGAGAGCGACAACCCAGAUGAUGAUAAGAUCUACUUCUUCUUCCGGGAGAUAGCCGUCGAAGGACAGAACCUUGGGAAGUCCACCUUCUCGCGGGUUGGCCAGCUGUGUCGGAAUGAUCACGGAGGCUUGAGAAGUCUGGUGAACAAGUGGACAACGUUCCUGAAGGCACGGUUAAUCUGCUCGGUCCCAGGCAAUGAAGGGAUUGACACUCAUUUCGAUGAGCUUAGGGAUGUUUUCUUCCUGCAAACAAGAGAUCGCAGGAACCCUCUAGUCUACACUGUCUUCAGUACCUCAAGUAAUGUGUUCAAAGGCUCGGCCGUGUGUGUGUACAGCAUGAAUGACAUCCGCAGAGCUUUCCUGGGGCCCUUUGCACACAAGGAGGGCCCAAACUAUCAGUGGGUCCCCUAUCAGGGGAAGGUGCCUUACCCCCGACCAGGAAUGUGCCCAAGCAAAACCUUUGGAGGCUUCCAGUCCACCAAGGAGUUCCCUGACGACGUUGUGCUGUUUGCCCGUAACCAUCCCCUGAUGUUCAAUCCAAUUUACCCCAUCAACCACCGGCCAAUCCUCGUCAAGACCAACGUCGACUACAGCUUCAUGCAGAUCGUGGUGGACAGAGUGGAUGCAGGAGAUGGUCGCUACGACGUCAUGUUUAUCGGCACAGACAUCGGGACGGUGUUGAAAGUGAUCUCUGUGCCAAAGGAAAGCUGGCAGAACAUGGAAGAGUUGGUCCUCGAAGAACUGCAAGUCUUCAAGGACUCCGCGCCGAUCACUAAUAUGGAGCUCUCGUCAAAAAGGCAACAGCUGUACAUUGGCUCCGAUUCAGCGAUCUCCCAGCUGCCCCUGCAACGCUGCAGCAUCUAUGGAAGGGCAUGUGCUGAGUGCUGUCUGGCCCGUGACCCCUACUGCGCCUGGGACGGAAACACCUGCACCAGAUACCUGUCAAACACAAAGAGGAGGUUCCGGCGGCAAGAUGUGAGGAACGGAGAUCCCAACACUUUGUGUUCUGGAGAUCGCCAUCGACACAGGGUAAUAGAGAAGAAGUUGUACGGAGUGGAAGGCAGCAGCUCGUUCUUGGAGUGUGUCCCCAAAUCCCUGCAGGCCCAGGUCACCUGGACCUUCCAGAAGCGGCCCGGUGGUCCCAAAGAUGAGGUCCAACUGAACGAGCACGUCAUCCAGACCGAGCGAGGUUUGCUGCUCCGUAGCAUUCACCGCAAGAACGCCGGCAUGUUCUUCUGUCACUCCAUGGAGCACGACUUCACCCAGACCCUCAUGCAGAUCUCGCUGGAGGUGAUUGGGCUGGAGCAGGCCGACGAGCUCCUGGGCCACUACCCUGCCAUGGACCGCGGCCCGCAGGCGGCCUUCCCCAACCAGAAGGUGUGGUACCGGGACUUCCUGCAGCUGGUGGACCACCCCAGCCUGAAGACGGUGGACGAGGUCUGCCAGCAGGCGUGGAGACGGAGGGUGAAGCAGGCCAAGCACAAGCGGAACUCCGUCCGGGCCCUGCAGAACAAGUGGAAGCACCUGCAGGAGAUGAGGAAGGGCAGGAACCGGCGUACCCACGAGCCGGCCCCACGCGCUGAGAGGGCUCCUCGCAGCGCUGUCGUACAGUGAUCCCGAGGAAGGUGAACGCGGAAACAUUUCUGGGAGCGGUGGCAAGGACUGAAGUGAUGUGUUUGGCACCAACCUUCUCUGCACAAGGUUUACAUGGAUCUCCUGAGUGGAAGGACAUUUCUCUCACUAUUGAAACCACUAUUGACACUAACACCCAUCACUUUAUGUUCUAGUGUGUAGGAAUUACUUCUUAUAUUCAAGGCUAUGGAUAGCAAUAAUAAGUACUAGGGCUUAUUAGGAUUGUCAGCAGCCUCCUAGGUCUUUGGAGGCUUCUUCUGUCCCUCUUGGCUUCUCAUCCUUGAGAGAAUCUCUCCCUCUUUCCAUCUCAACCGUCAAAACGACCAUCGCCUGAGAGGCUGAAGACGAACCACGUUGGGGAAUACGGUGUUCUUAUUGGCUGGGCAAGAGUUUUUAACCCUUUGCAGCCCACAUAAUCCAAAUUCUGCCAAUGUUUCCAAGCUCGAGGCGGCUUUGCAAGUGGACACGUGGAAAACAGCAAAAGAUUCUGGUGAUCGAAUCCCAAGUGAUCUGUGGUUACAGUGGCACCUGGGCAUUGGAUUUCUUGGUGUUGUCUUGGAGACAACCCAACUGACUUACACUCCAAAUGGUAGAUAGAACUGGUGACAUUUCUGUUUUCAGUUUGGAGUCAUGGGGGCUGUAAAGGGUUAAUUGAAGACUUGGAGAGCUCCUGAAGAAGGUGACCCUCUGAUGAAUGUUUCUGUUUUCUUUUGGUCAGACCCUGUUGUCAGGUGUUGGUGCCUUUGGGGCUCGCCGCUACUUCUAGUUAACGCUAGCACCCCGAAAUGUACAAUAGCAGAGCUCGUUCAAUCGUUCACACUCCCCAUGGUCUGGACACCAGAGGUAGCCAACCCUCACUCCAGUUAGCUCUGAUGAAUGUAGAACAUAAUAACUGCAAAGAAAUCUCACCACACGCACAAAAAGAAAUGUGCAACUGCAAGAGAAAAGACUUGACAGAAAGUGCCUUGAAAUGUACUCGAGCCCAGUGUGAGGACUGAUAAGAGAAUAGUCAUGUGUAAACCUGUUCAAUGGAAAACAGAAUGUGCUGCUGGAGUUUUUGUGAAGUUAGAAAACUUUGAGAAGAGUUAGUUAGUUAUUGCAAUGUUUCUCCUCUCUGCUGCCUCACAAAUCAGCGUCCGGCUUGGGUUGAAUGAUGGAGUGUGUUUGGGCACAUAAAUAGCACAGAGCACAAGGUCAGAGGGCAAAGUUAAUUGUAAACAAGAAAGUCAAUGCUUUGAUUUUUUUAAAAAACCCAAAAUGCUGAAAACACACAGCAGGUCAGGUAGCAUCUGUGCAGUGAGAAACAGUGUUAACGUUUCAGGUUGAUGAUUUCAUCUGCGCAGUUCUGAUGAAGCCGUAACCCUGAUUCCACCUCCACAGAUGCUGCUUGACCUCCUGAACAUUUGCAGCAUUUUCUUUAUCUCUGACAUGUUCAUUGUUGUGAGCAAGGUCCAAAAUAUUUUACUUGGUUAUAAUCUCCAGUUCCACAACUAAAUUUGAGCACAUAUUGUGUCAACACCUUCACAAGUUUCAAUUGUGUUAUACAAUGAAUGUCAAUGCCAUGUGACCAGUACCGUAUUAUUUGUGAGGUACAGAUUCUGUUACGUGCUAAGGUACUAAACUGUCACUGUUUUUAAUUUCCAAUAAAUUGUUUUGAUCACUAAAGCAUAGAGUCAUAGAGUCAUAGAACACCACAGCAUAGAAACAGGUCCUUUGGCCCAUCUAGUCUAUGUUGAACUGUUUUUCUGCUUAGUCCCGUUUCACUGCACCUGCACCAUGGACCUCCAUAUCCCUUCCAAAAAUUUCUCUUAAAUGUUGUGCUCACAUCAACCACUUCCACACUCACACCAUCCUCUGAGGGAAGAAGUUCCCCCUCAAGUUCCCCUUAAAAUUUCCAACUUUCAUUCUAAACCUCUGUGACCUCUAGUUCUAGUCUCACCCAACCUCAGUGGUAAAAGCCUGCUUUCAUUUACCUUAUCUCUACCCCUCCUAAUUUUGUAUACCUCUAUCAAAUCUCCCCUCGUUCUUCUGUGCACCAGGAAAUAAAGUCCUACCCUACCUAACCUUCCCUUAUAACUCAGGUCCUCAAGUCCUGGCAACAUCCUUGUAUAUUCUCUCUGUACUCUUUCGACCUUAUUGAUAUUUUUCCUGUAAGUAGGUGACCAGAACUGCGCACAAUACUCCAAAUUUGGUUCAAAGUAAUUGUCUGUGGACUGUGGUUGGCGGCCCAUGGGAUUUUCUUGUAUGUCGGUAAUGGUGCUAACUCAGGGUUUCUCAACCUGUGGUCCAUGGACUCCUCUGUUAAUGGUAGGGGUCCCUGGCAUUAAAUAGGUUGGGAACCACUAUGCUAAAUAUUAUCCAAAAGAAGAGAUCUUCUGCUCUGGAAGAUGAUCUAGAGGCAGGAUGGUUGGUUGAUAAAAACUAAGUCUGUUUCAAAAUCUGGGCCAGGUGUAGGGUGGGUAUGAUGGAUGAUAGUUCCUAACCAAGGUAAAUAAGAUAAGGUUCAGAUAGAAGGUGCUGUGUUCUCUCAGCUGACAUGAAUGGGUGAACUCCCUCUCAUGAAAUACAGGAAUAGUUUACAACUCAUAGCAGCAGUGCAAAUCACAAACUGAAACUUAGCUGAAGUCAGAGAUAAGUGGGGAAAAACUAAUGGCAGCAAGUGGUUAUUUGAAAUGAGGAAGCAUGAUUGGGCAGAGAAAUAUUGAUCUCAAUUGUGAUCAAUCAAUCAAUGAUGAUGAUUGAUCUUUACUGUAAAUCCCUUCCCUUCUUUUAUUGUUUCUUAAUCUUCCUCUCACAUUGCGGAUGUGCUGCUUCUUGCUAUGUUUCUAUUUCUCCAUUGGAUAAAGAUGAAAGUAAAGAUUAGCUUUAUUUGUCAAAUGCACACUCAAAUAUUCAGUGGAAAGAGUCAACGAACAUCGCAGUCCAAGAUGUGCUGGGGGGAGCCCGCAGGUGUCGCCAUGCUUCCAGCACUAACACAGCACGCCCACAACUUACUAACCCUAACCCGUACGUCUUUGGGAUGUGCGAGGAAAUCGGAGCGCCCAGAGGAGACCCAUGCCGUCACGGGGAGAACGUACAAACUCCUCACAGACUGCGGCGGGAAUUGAACCCUGAUCACGAUCACUCACUGUGAAAUGUUACAGUAACUACUCACUACUUGUGCUGCUCGGUGUUCUGAUUCUGCUUCCAGAGCAGAAUAGGGAAUGCGGGAUCCAGAGCUGGGAGGUGAAUCAGAGAGAGGGAGUUAGUUCAGCUCUGGACUUAGUAACAAAUUGUUCUGCUUGUGUCUCUGCCUGCUUUCAGUUCCACUCUCUCAUUUCGCAUUUGUUUGAAGUCACCUCACGGAGAGUAAAAUUUGAUGGGGGGUGGUGGUUGGUGGGAAGUUUCAGCACUUUUGUUUCAGUGAUACAUUCACUAUCGUGAGCAAGCUCAAUCCAAUACAAAAAGCCUCAUCUUGCGUUGGAGCUAGAGCUUGGAUCCACAUUGUGUGUGGCUGAGAAACAGGUCAUCAUUGCCCUCAUGGAAUUAAAGGCAGAGAUUAUUUCAUCAUAAAUUGUGUCCUGCAGUGGAUCUAACAGAGUGGCAGUGUGCACACAAGGUAUCAGAGCACCAUUUUAUAGCAUUAGAUCAUGAGACACAGGAGCAGACUUGGGCUAUUCAGCCCAUCAAAUCUGCUCUGCCAUUUGAUCAUGGCAGAUUUAUCUUCCCUCUCAAGCCCAUUCUCCUGCCCUCUCCCCAUGACCUCUGACACACCUACUAAUCAAGAACCUAUCGACCUCGGCUUUAAACAUAUCCAAAAGACUGUGCCUCCACAACUGUCCCUGGCAAUGAAUUCCACAGAUUCACCACCAUCUGGCUAAAGAACUUACUCUUCGUCUCUGUUCUAGAGGGACAUCCUUGUAGUCUGAGGCUGUCCCCGCUGGUCACUGACUCUCCCACUAAUGGAAACAUCCUCUCCCUGUUCACUCUAUUUAGGCCUUUCAAUAUUCAAUAGGUUUCAAUGAGAUCCUUCCUCAUUCUUCUUAACUCCAGCGAGUACAGGCCCAGUCAAAAAACAUGCUUCAUACAUUAACCUCUUCAUUCCCAGGAUCUUUCUCGUAAACCACCUCUGCACCAUGCCAGCACAUCCUUUCCUAGAUAUGGGGCCAAAAACUACUCACCAUAUUCCAAAAGUGCUCUGACCAAUCCCGUAUAAAAUCUCUGCAUUACGUCCUUACUUUUAUAUCCUAGUCCUCACAAAAAUGAAUGCUAACAUUGCCUUUCUUACCACCAACUCAACCUGCCAGUUAAUCUUUAGGAAAUCCUGCACAAGGACUCCCAAGUCCUUUUGCACCUCAGAUUUGUAAAUUCGCUUUCUGUUUGGAAAAUAGCCUUCACCCUUGUUUCUUUUAACCAAAGUGCAUGGCCGUACAUUUUUCUACACUAUAUUCCUUUUGCCACUUCUUUGCCCAUUCUCAUAAUCUGUCUAAGUCCUUCUGUAGACUCCUUGCUUCCUCAACACUAACUGCCCCUCCACCUAUCUUGGUAUCAUCCGCAAACUUAGCCAUAAGGCCAUCAAUUCCAUCAUGACAUAGUGGUUAAGUCACUGAAUUAGCAUCUAGGACUAUUUGUCCAGAGUCAUAAGUCCUGGUGAAGGGUCUCAACCCGAAAAGUCGACUGUUUUCUCUUUUCCAUAGAUGUUGCCUGGCCUACUGAGUUCCUUCAGCAUUCCCUGUGUUGCUGGGAUUACCAGCAUCUGCAGAUUCUCUUGUGCUCAUAAGUUCAAAUUCCAUUGAAUCAGCUGGGAAAAUUAAAUUCCAAUAAUUAAUUGUCUGGAAGAUCAGUAAUGGGUCAAUGAUUCACUGAUAAUUCUCACGGAAAGGAAUGUCCACCCUUACUGGGUCUGCCCUCUUUGAAGUAGCAGUCCGACACUCAGUGGCCACUUUAUUAGGUACAGGAUAGAACCAGAUGUGGUCAUCUGCUGCUGUAGCCCAUCGAUAUUGCAGUAGGACAUGUUGUGAUUUCAGUUAUGCUCUUCUCCAUACCACUGUUUUAACACAUGUUUAUUUGAGUUACUGUCGCCCUCCUGUCAGAUUGAACUAGACUGUCCAUUCUCCUCUGACCUCUCCCACAGAACUGCUGCUCACUAGAUUUUUUGUUUUGUUUUUUUGCAUUAUUCUCAGUAAACUCUAGAUCAGGGUUAUGAAAUGGACCAAAACCAUUAAGCAAGAGGCCCAUGGACCCAGGUCGGGAACCCCUGCUCUGGAGACAGGAGUGCAUGAAAAUCUCAGGAGAUCAGCAGUUUCUGAGAUACUCAAACCACCCCAUCUAACACCGACAAUCAUUCCCACGGUCAAAGAUCACAUUUCUUCCCCAUUCUGAUGUUUGGUCUUAAUAACAGCUAAACCUCUUGACCAUGUCUGCAGGCUCUUAUGCAUUGAGUGCUGCCACAUGAUUGGCUGAUCAGAUAUUCGCAUUAACGAGCAGAGUACAUCAUAAAGUGGCCGCCGUGUGAGAUCAAUGUGGUUUCCUGUUCUCAGCUCUCCGAAGUGGGGUUGAGGAAUGGUCUUUCUGCCAGAGUGGGAAUGGUUAUACAGAGGGGGCAUAAUUUUAAACUGAAGGAAAGUAUAGGGGGGACCUUCUCUUUUAUACAGAGAAUGGUGGGUGUGUGGACUCACUGCCAGGGGUUGUGGUAGUGGCAGAUACAUUAGGGACAUCUAAGAGUCUCCUAGAUAAGCCAAUGGAUGAAAGAUAAGCAGAGGGCUAUGUGGGAGGGAAUAUUAAAUUGGAGUUAGAGUAAGUUAAAAGGUCAGCACAACGUCUUGGGCCCAAGAGCCUGUACUGUGCUCUAAUUUUCUGUGUUCUGUGGGCGCCUCGAUAGCCUAGCGGUUAGCAUGACGCUAUUUCAGCUCAGAGUAUUGGGGUUCAGAGUUCAAUCCCAGCAUCCUCUGUAAGGAGUCUCUGUUUGUCCUCUCCUUGGAAUGCAUGGGUUGUCUCCGGGUCCAUAGAUGGUUACGGUAAAUUGUCCCAUGAUUAGGUUAAGGUUAAACCAGGGUUGAUGGGAUUUGCUGGGCAGCGUGGUUUGAAAGGCUGUAUCUCUGAAAUAAAAUAAAAAUAAAUGGAAUGAAUGAAUUUUAAACAAAAGGAAGGAGCACAGACCAGCUAGAGGCGACUGCUGGAGAACUGAUCGAGCAUAGUGUAGUGGUUAGCAUAACGCUUUACAGUACCAGUGACCGGGGUUUGAACCCUGCCACUACCUGUAAGGAGUUUGUAUGUUCUCCCCAUGACUGCGUGGGUUUCCUCCGGGUGCUCUGGUUUCCUCCCACAGUCCAAAGACAUAUCAGUUGGUUGAUUAAUUGGUCAUUGUAAAUUACAUUAGGAUUAUCAUCGUGGUUGCACUAGGAUUAAAUUGGGGUAUUGCUGGGGCAGCAUGGCUUGAAAGGCCAGAAGUUCUGCGCUGUAGCUCAAUAAAUAAAUAAAUACGAGAUCUGGAGGGACCAGAGGGUGGAAGAUGAGUUGGAGGAUUUGAGGAGGGGAAUGAGAGACCAAGUGAGUGGCACAUGGAAAAGUCGCAGGCCAUGUGAAACGUGCCAAAUUUGGGAAGGCUGCGAUGAGGAUUGUCAGAUAAGAGGAAGCUGAGGUAACACAGAUAAUGGGUGAGGAGGACUGAUCAGGAGGGUGUGGGGAUAGUUGGGGGGGGUUGGUUUUGGUAAGACAGGAUCAGUCAAGGUGGUGGAUCAGAGGUACGGCAAAAUAGUGAAGCAUUGUGAUCGGAAAAUGGGACAUUUUGGUUCAGGGUCCACAUCGACCAGGAGUAUGAAUUCACACUAAUCCCAUCUCUGUUUCACCUUCCCCACGUUCCGUAAGACAUCAGAACGGAAUUAGGCCAUUCAGUUCAUUGAGUCUGCUAUUCCAUUCUAAUAUGGCUGAUUUACUUUCCCUCUCAACCCUGUUCCCCUGCCUUUUCCCCAUAACCUUUGUUACCCUUACUAAUCAAGAACGUACACUUUAAAUAUACCCAGUGACUUGGCCUCCACAGCCAUCUGUGGCAAGAAUUCCACUGAUUCGCCACCCUCUGGCUAAAGAAAUUCCUUCUCAUUUCUGUUCCAAAGGGACGUCCUUCUAUCCUGAGGCUGUGCCCUCUGGUCCAAGACACCUCCAAGAAAUGAAACAACUUCUCCAUGUCCACUCUAAGCCUUUCAAUAUUUGAUAGGUUUCAAUGACAGCGCCCCUCAUUCUCCUAAGCUCCAGCAAAUAUAGGCCAAGAGCUGGCACACGCUCCACACUCAUUAGGCCUUUCAUUCCCGUCAGAUUCCACCACCUGCCAGGACACUGGGAGUACCUCCCAGUGGACAACCUGUGGACCGAUCCAUGCGUCUGCGAGAUAUGGGAGGAAAACCGAGCACGCAGUGGGGAAUUCGCCUGAUCACAGAGAGUGUGAACGAAUAGCAGACAGGCAGCAGCAGAGUGUGAGAUUGAACCUGGGUCGCUGGAGUUUUAUAGUCAUAGUCAUACUUUAUUGAUCCCGAGGGAAAUUGGUUUUCGUUACAGUUGCACCAACCAAGAAUAGAGUAUAAAUAAAGCAAUAUAAAACCAUAAAUAAUUAAAUAGUAAUAUGUAGAUGCCAGGAAAUAAGUCCAGGACCAGCCUAUUGGCUCAGGGUGUCUGACCCUCCAAGGGAGGAGUUGUAAAGUUUGAUGGCCACAGGCAGGAAUGACUUCCUAUGAUGCCCUGUGUUGCAUCUCGGAGGAAUGAGUCUCUGGCUGAAUGUACUCCUGUGCCCACCCAGUACAUUAUGUAGAGGAUGGGAGACAUUGUCCAAGAUGGCAUGCAACUUGGACAGCAUCCUCUUUUCAGACACCACCGUCAGAGAGUCCAGUUCCAUCCCCACAACAUCACUGGCCUUACAAAUGAGUUUGUUGAUUCUGUUGGUGUCUGCUACCCUCAGCCUGAGUCCGUGGUUGACCUUCUUACGAUUGUACCACUGCAAGCGGAGGGUAGGGGGUAGUAUUUGGCUGGAGCUGGAUGACUUUAAGUCAGAAUCAGGUUUAAUAUCACCAGCUUAUGUCACAAAAUGUGUCGUCUUCACAGCAGCAACGCAAUGCAAUAAUAAUACAGUAAAAAAGAAAACUGUGAAUUAUAGUAAGUUUAUAUAUAUAUAAAAUAUUUAAAUUAAAUAAGUAGUGCAAAAAUAAUAGGAAAUAAAAAAAAGUAGUGAGGUAGUGUUCAUGGGUUCAUUGUUCAUUCAGAAAUUAGAUGGCAGAGGGGAAGAAGCUGUUCCUGAAUCGCUGAGUGUGUGCCUUCAGGCUUCUGUACCUCCUCCCUGAUGGUAACAAUGAGAAGAGGGCUGACCUGCUAUGACUUUUGCACAUGAAAUCGCCGGUUUAAUGUCAUUUCCUGUACGCAAGUGUAAGGGUGAAUAUAAUACUUGUUACUCCAGAUCUGAUGCAGCACAAAAAAACACAGUAAGGAGCACCACAAUAAAAAAAAGACACAACGAAUUAAAAUGUAAGAUAGCUUAAUACAUGCUGUAAACAUGAGGAAGUCAGCAGAUGCUGGAAAUCCAAAGCAACACACACAAGAUUCUGGAGGAACUCAGCAGGCCAGGCAGCAACUAUGGAAAAGAAUAAACAGUCAGCAUUUCGGGCUAAGACCCUUCCUCAGGAUUAAAAAGGAAGGGGGAAGACACCAGAAUAAAAAGGAUUGGUGGGUUGAAGGAGGCUAGCUGGAAAGUGUUAGGUGAAGCCAGACGGGUGGGAAAGGUGAAGGGCUGGAGAAGAAGGAAUCUGAUUGGAGACGAGAAUGGGCCAUGGGAGAAAGGGAAGGAGAUUGGUUUUAUGUCUACAGAAGUGAUGCUGAGUACAGGAGUGUAUAUACAUGAGAUGACUCUGGCAGGAGACGAUAAAGCAGUGGUGGUAGCUUGGUGGUGAUUAGACUUACAGUCUGGGGAAAGUAACUGUUAAAUAAUUAAACACCAACAAGUCCAAGACUAAAAAAAAAUCAACGGUAUCAUCAAACAUAUUCACUCAAUCAUUUUAAACUGCAAAUUCACCAGAGACACCCUCAUUAUUCAGCAGAGACAAGAAAAUGAUGAUCUAGAAGUCACUGCCCAGUCCAUUGAUUAUCAAAGCCCCAGCCACUGAUGUGCAAGGGCAAAAGAAACUCCAAUUUUAUGUGUGGGACAUUGAAUUAUCCCACUUCCCCCAAAACUAAAGUUUUUAAUAAGACUAUAAGACAUAGGACAAAAUGCUGGAGGAACUCAGCAGGCCAGGCAGCAUCUAUGGAAAAGACCACAGUAGACAUUUCAAGCCGAGACCCUUACAAUUCCUUCCGAAGGGUCUCCGCCCAAAACGUUAAUUAUACUUUUUUCCAUAAAUGCUGCCUAGCCUGCUGAGUUCCUCCAGUAUUUUGUACGUAUUGCUUUGAUUUCCAGCAUCUGCAGGAUUUUCUCUUCUUUGUAAUCAGAGUUGGGUCAUUUGGCCUAUCAAAACUGUCCUGCUUUUCCAUCAUGGCUGAUUUAUUAUCCCUCUCAAUCCCAUUCUCCUGCCUUCUCCUCAUAACCUUUGACACCCUUAGUAAUCAAGAACCUAUCAACCUCCACUUUAAAUAUUCUCACUGACUGGAUCUCCCGAGCUGUCUGUGGCAAUGAAUUCCACAGAUUCACCAUCUUCUGGCUAAAGAAAUUCCUCAUCAUCACUGAUCUGAAGAGAUGUUCUUCAAUUCUGAGUCUGUAAUCUCUAGUCCAAGACUCUCCCAGUACAGGAAACAUCCUCUCCUCAUCCACUCUGUCUAGCCCUUUCAAUAUUCAAUUAAUUUCAAAGAGAUCUCCUCUCUUUCUUCUAAACUCCAAGUACAGGCCCAGAGUCAUCAAAUGCUCUUCAUACGUUAACCCUUUCAUUUCUGGGAUCAUUCACGUGAUCCUGUUUGCUUUGUUUGCAAACUCCUGUUUGCUUUGGCACCACUCUACAGCCUGCUGCUGAUUUUUAGAAGGUUUGCAUAUUUCAUGUCUGAAGGGCUGUUGGGACUUGCUAAGAGUUGGGGUUCUAGACUUGGAUUAUGAAAGUUGUAGUCUAUCAAGGUUAGAAUCCAUGGACCCUUUUCACUGACACAACAGAUGCACCCGUCAUGGUUUAGUCUCAACCAGCAACCCCCCCCCGCCCCAUACUGAUCUUCACUAAUAAUGGUAGUAUAAACACAUUAUAAUUAAAAUAUUAGCAGAUUUCCAAAUUCUGUCAAAGCUUUUCAUCUCAAACCAAAGACUGUUAACUGUCAGGCUGCGAAGCAGUUCCACUUACAGAAUGCAUCUACGUUUUUGGUCAAUGAUAUGUUUCCUAAUUCUUUCAUAUUAAUGUCUAAUAAAGUUUCUGUCUUCUGUUAAUAAAG